CCAAAAUCUACUUCCUAGUUACUCUGUAGCUCGGCGUUCUUAUGCCUGUCAGCUGAGCUAUCCACAACAAUAAACUGCCCGGCUCACUUUUGUGCUGUUCUCCCCACGUUCAAGUGUCAGAAGAAGGGAGGGGAGUUGUGCAUCUCAGAUGAAAAGGUGAGACUGCUGACCCAGAAUGGAGGAUUUCAGGCAGACGUACUUGCGUCUGUGUAAGGAGGGAGGCGUGGAACCCCAGGAGAGUGUGGUGGCACAGCUCCAGGAGCGCAGGGCAUCUCAGGGCUCUAGACUGGACCUGAGUGGACAGAGCCUGUCUGCUGAUACCUGCUCCGUGCUGGCCAGGGCCUUCCAAAACGACGUCGUCUUCACAGAGGUGUUGCUCUGUGACUGCAUGCUUAGCGAGGAAGGUGCCAAACUACUCCUGACUGGAUUGUUUUGCAACACGACUGUAAAGGUCUUGGACCUCAAGGGAAAUAACCUGAGAACCACAGGGGCCGAGGUUUUGGGAAAGUUGCUGGCACGCAACAAGACUCUGCGCAGGUUGGUGUUGGAGUGGAAUGCACUCGGGGUGUGGGAUGAGGGCUUCUCGCUCUUCUGUGAAGGUCUGGCCUCCAACAGUGUGCUGACACAGCUGGACCUGCGCAACAAUCAGAUCAACCAUCACGGAGCGUCUGAGCUCGCGCUUGCACUUAAACGCAACAGCAGCCUGGAAGUGUUAGAUCUAAGGUGGAAUAACAUUGGUCUGCUGGGUGGUAGGUCCCUGCUAGAAGCUUUACAGAAAAAUAAGACCAUGGUGCAGGUGGAAAUGGCCGGGAACAACAUACCCAGUGACACACUCAAAGCACUUGAGCAGACCACAGCGAACAAUUCAGACAGACGAUCCAUGCUGAAGGAGAGCUGCAGCCGGACCCAUGUCCUCAACAAGGAGAUUCAGACACUGAAGGAUGAGAAGAGUCGCCAGUUUCUAAGCCUAAUGGAAACCAUCGACAGGCAAAGGGAGGAUAUAGGACGUUCCAACAGAUCCACUUCCAUUCAUAUAAGCCAACUCCAGGAAGCUCUGAAUGAGAGGAAGUCAGCUGUCAACUCCCUCACUGCCAAACUGCAGAUGACCGAAGCCGCCCUCGCUCUCUCUGAGCAGAAGAACCACAACCUGGGAGAGCUGCUGACUCGAGUGAAGGCGGAGAGAGAAGAACAGCAGGAGCGGCGGAGCAGAGAGAGGAGGAAGGAGCAAGAGGACAGAGCACUCAGAGAAGGCAAGCUCCUCCGAGAGACCCAGAACCUGACUGAAACCAACGUCCAGCUCCGGAGUAAAGUGGAGGAGAUGGAGCGCAGGUGUAAGUGUCAGCAGCAGCAGAUCUUUGACCUGAAGCAGGAACUUACCAACAGCACGGCUGAGCUCAAGCUUCGACUGGCACAGGCAGAAGACCGUCUGGAAAUGGAGAAGCGAAGGUCCAAGCAAGCUCUAGAGGACAUGGACAGCCUGCGACAGAAGGAGGUGGACCAUGUGAACCGGCAUCUGGAAGAGAGCGAGAGAGCUCUGCAGGAGCGCAUCAUCAAGCUGGAGGGACAGAGGAUACAGCUGGAGGAGGAGCUGAGCAAAAGCAAAGCGGCCUGUGUGACAGAGAGGGCCCAGGCAGAGGAGGAACUAGGAAGAGUGCGGACACAAGUGCGUCUCGAAGAGCAGGAGCACGUGUCCUCCUUGGAGGAGAAACUUCGCUCGGUGCGCUCCUGCCUGCAGGAAGCCCAGCUCCACUGCUCGCAGCAGAAGCAGACCAUCUCGGAGCUGCAGGCCAAGAACGGGCAGCAGAGCAUCGAGACGGACGGACUGCGGCGCAGGAUAGACGAGCUGCAGCAGGAGCUGUCUGGUAAGGACCAGGAGAGGGUGGCUGAGGUGAGUCGGGCCAGGGUGGAGCUGCAGGAGCAGAUUGGACACUUACAGGCAGAGAGAACAGCACAGGGGGGACUCAAAGAGAAGAUCAGUGCUCUGGAGAGAGAGCUUAAAGUACUGAGCAGCAACCACAGGGAGGCGCUGCUCGACAAAGAGAGCGAGAUGUCGUCCCUGCUAGAGAAGCUGCGGCUAAAAGAGGCAGAGAUCCACAGGAUGAGGGAGGAUGAGGCCAACAGAUUCAGCAACCUGCAGAGCGCCUUUCACAGCUACUUCCAAGGUUCACCCCUCGGAAACUACAGCAGCCCCAGGAAAUGACCCAGAGACCUGAACGCUUCAGCUUGAGGUCUCUGAUCACACAGGCAACAAAUGGAUGUCACGCACACAUUAUAAUAAAAAAAUAACAAUUACAAUAUAAAAAUUGUAAUUUCGUCAUCUGCAGCUAUGAAUCAAACGUGACUAAAAUCUAUGAGUAUUUGUCCACAGAGGUGAAAUAUCACAUGCAAUAAUACCUUUAGCCACAAUUAAACAUAAAUUUGACAUUUUCCUUCAUUUAAUAUCAGAAUUAUAUCUCCUGCCUUAAAGUUGUGAUCAGGUCAUUGUCAAAGAAUCCCCACUGAUUGCUCUUCCAUUUAUUGAAUAAUGAACAUUUUUUGCAAUAAGCUCUAUUCGUUUUUAUAUACUUUACCUGCUUUUACUGCUCUGCUGGAGCGGAUGAAGGUCUGAUCUGCCUUAAUGUUGUGAGGUCACAGCUGCAGGAAACCCAGUUCUUAAACCGCUGUUUUUACCAAGGCUAUUUCAUAAAAUAUGUUUUGUAAUGCGCAGAUGACUUUUAUAUGAUGAUGAUGUUUAUGCUUUUAUUUUUGCAGGUGUGUUUUUACCAUAUUGUUGGCAUUUUUCUGUCAAUAAAGGUGUCCGUCUUUGGAACAAA